CAUUUGACAAACCUCCGUAACCCCAAAAUGUCUACGAAUCAUCUCAUUCAAAAUUCUCUAGACUACUCCAAUCACACACAAACUUAACGGAAAAGAAAAGAAGUAGAUAUAUAAGUAUUCUACAGAAAUUCAUAAAGUUUCGGUUUGGUACAAACUAGUUAUAUAGGAAAUGGAAGCGAAAAUUGGGAAAUUUUUCGACUCGGUGAGCAAUUUUUUCACCGGCGGGGAUCAGAUUCCGUGGUGCGAUUUCGACAUCGUCGCUGGUUGUGAGCGUGAGGUAGCUGAAGCUGAGAAAGGCUCCUCUGAUAAACUAAAAGGUGAAUGCAUCAUGCGCUUGUCUUGGGCCCUUGUUCACUCAAAACGGGCAGAGGAUGUUCAACGUGGAAUAGCUAUGCUUGAAGCUUCAUUGUCUGGGUCUAAUACCCCCCUGCAGGUCAGGGAAAAGCUUUAUCUUCUUGCUGUUGGAUACUACAGAAGUGGGAACUACUCUAAGAGCAGGCAGCUUGUCGAGCGGUGUUUAGAGAUUGCACCAGACUGGAGGCAGGCGUUGACCCUCAAGAAAGCACUUGAAGAUAAAAUCACAAAAGAUGGAGUAAUUGGUAUUGGCAUUGCUGCAACUGCUGUUGGACUUGUGGCUGGGGGUAUUGCCGCAGCUCUUUCAGCUCGCAAGAAGUGAUAACAAUGUACAUAAUGGAAUUACAUCCAGAGUUUGAUCGCAGACCCUCUGCCUUAUGAUACUGUCUGAUUUUUCCUGUUAUGAUCUAUUGUAAAAUUUGAAUGUAUGGAUGUUGUACCUGAUGUAUAAUUAGACAAAAUACUGUAUUUCCAUGCAUUACUGCACUAGUUGGGCUUCUUUCUUUGUGGAAAUCUCAAUUCAUACCUUGUUGGAGAAUACAUGAAUGAGAACAAACGAUCCUGAUUUGUUCAUUUC